AUGAACAACACUUACCUCAGAGAGGCUACACUGUCCAAUUGGAACACGCAUGUAAUCGCAACCGUUAAAAUCCAAUCCAACGUCGUUAGUUCCUCGCCACGUGUCUCCUCCUACCCAACGGCCCAGUCCUAUAUAUAUGUCAACUCUCAGAUUUGCGCACCCCCCAAACCCUCAUCCUCGGAGUCUCAUCAGAACAAGAGGCCCCGCCGGCGAUACGAAAACCCUAGAUCUUCCUUCAACUCGCAUCUCUCAGAUUUCAAGAUGGUGUCUGACGCGAGUAAGAAGAAGGCAGCUCAGAAGAAGGCUGCUGCCGCCGCUAAGAGAGGAAGCAAGGCUGCCGCAGCGGCGGCCUCGUCAAAGGCUGCCGCCGCUGAGAACGGCAGCAAAGCCGAUAGUUUGGCCAGUGGGGUCGCCGAUCUCCAUAUAUCUGAUCGGACGUGCACAGGAGUUCUCUGCUCGCAUCCGCUUUCAAGAGAUAUUCGGAUAGAAUCACUUUCACUCACUUUUCAUGGUCAUGACCUAAUUGUGGACUCUGAACUGGAACUUAAUUACGGCAGACGUUAUGGUUUGCUAGGGUUAAAUGGAUGCGGGAAGUCCACACUUCUUUCAGCAAUUGGUUGUCGAGAGCUUCCUAUCCCUGAACACAUGGAUAUUUAUCACCUGACUAGAGAGAUUGAAGCAUCUGACAUGUCUUCACUUGAGGCUGUAAUAAGUUGUGAUGAGGAGAGGCUGAAACUGGAGAAAGAAGCCGAAGCGUUGGCUGGACAGGAUGAUGGGGGUGGUGAAGCUCUUGAGCGUAUUUAUGAACGUCUGGAUGCAUUGGAUGCAUCAACUGCUGAGAAAAGAGCUGCUGAGAUCUUAUUUGGUCUUGGCUUUAACAAGAAAAUGCAAGAAAAGAAAACACGUGACUUCUCUGGUGGGUGGAGGAUGAGGAUUGCUCUGGCUAGAGCUCUUUUCAUGAACCCUACUAUAUUGUUGCUUGAUGAACCUACAAAUCAUCUUGAUCUGGAAGCUUGCGUCUGGCUAGAGGAGAUGUUGAAAAAGUUUGACCGGAUCCUGGUGGUGGUGUCACACUCGCAAGACUUCCUUAACGGGGUCUGCACCAACAUAAUCCACAUGCAGAGCAAGCAGCUGAAGCUGUACACAGGCAAUUUUGACCAGUAUGUCCAGACCCGCGCUGAGCUGGAGGAGAAUCAGAUGAAGCAGUACAAGUGGGAGCAGGAGCAGAUUGCCUCUAUGAAGGAGUACAUUGCGCGCUUUGGCCAUGGCUCAGCCAAGCUGGCCCGCCAGGCCCAGAGCAAGGAAAAAACCCUUGCCAAGAUGGAGCGUGGUGGCCUCACUGAGAAGGUGGUCCGGGACAAGGUCCUUGUCUUCCGUUUUGUGGAUGUCGGCAAGCUUCCCCCUCCCGUUCUUCAGUUUGUGGAGGUAACAUUCGGCUACACCCCCGACAACCUCAUCUACAAGAACCUCGACUUUGGUGUGGACCUCGACUCACGUGUGGCCCUUGUGGGCCCCAACGGUGCCGGUAAGAGCACCCUCCUGAAGCUAAUGACAGGGGACCUUGUCCCGCUGGACGGCAUGGUGAGGCGGCACAACCACCUGAGGAUUGCGCAGUUCCACCAGCACUUGGCUGAGAAGCUGGACAUGGACAUGUCGGCCCUGCAGUUCAUGCUGAAGGAGUACCCAGGGAACGAAGAGGAGAAGAUGCGUGCCGCUGUUGGGAGGUUUGGGCUGACGGGCAAGGCCCAGGUGAUGCCGAUGAGGAACCUUUCAGACGGGCAGAGGAGCCGAGUGAUAUUUGCGUGGCUGGCAUGGAGGCAACCCCACAUGCUGCUGCUGGAUGAGCCCACCAACCAUCUGGAUAUCGAGACGAUUGACUCGCUGGCUGAGGCGCUCAACGAGUGGGAUGGGGGGCUGGUGCUCGUGAGCCACGAUUUUAGGCUGAUAAACCAGGUGGCGCAUGAGAUAUGGGUUUGCGAGAACCAGGCCGUGACGAGGUGGGAGGGUGACAUCAUGGACUUCAAGGAGCACCUCAAGGCGAAGGCGGGCCUGGCCUGA